AUGGAUAACAAUGUUAAUAGUGUUCCAAUUGGCGAUCAAUAAUCUUCGCAAAGGGUCUAGCUGAAUAAUUCGAAAAAUAAUAAAUUAGACUACAAUUAGCUUUUAAAGUAUUCUUAAGCUUGUGAUCUACCAAAAACAGAUAUUGAUACAUUAUUAAAAAUAUUCAAAAGAUUAGAUAUCAAUAAAUAGGGCUUUCUGAGCUAUCACGAUAUGAUUGAUCUAUUAAAGGAAUUUGGAUUCUUGAUUGAUUAAUAAUGCAAGGAGAAGAUCUUUAAAGAAAUCGAGCUCAGAAAUACAUAAUAAUUGGAUUUCUAAACUAUCAUUUUCGUUACAAAAGUGUGCAAGGGAUUUGAAUCAGAGAACAAACAUGAGGAGCAAUAAAUACACUUUAAUGAAUUCAUCGAUGCAUUUGUAGCUCUAGGAGGAGAACCUGAUGCAAGUGGGUAUGUCCAUAAAAAUAGAAUAAUUGAAAUUUUAAAAGACGAAUUUGAUUUAUAAUUCGAUAUUGAUGAAUUUUUAGAGUAAUUGGAAGUUCAAAAUGAUCAACUUGAUUUUGACAAUUUCAAAAGUCUCUUUAAAGCUAACAAUAAAUAAUCAAUGAAAAAAAAUAGUAGUUUGCUUUCCCUAUUUUCAUAAAGAUCCAUGGUGAAAUCUACUUCGAGUAUAUCUACAGUAAAGAUACGAAUGAAAGACUUUGAAAAAUUUGUUUAGAAAUUAGAAUAAGAGGAUUCUGAAUUUCUCAGCUAAGCAUCCCCCAUUAAGAAGGGCUGA